UGACAGGUCGCUUUUUGUUAAAUUUUGCAUCUUCUUCAGUAAAAAGUAACGUUGAAAGCUCAAUGAAAAUCUGUACACGAUAUACACACCCCAAACUGCAGUCUGCAGUGAAUUGUGCAUGUGAUCGCUGAUGCCGUUUGGAAUGCCUGUGAACCUGUAGACAGCCUUUUUGUUUUUAGGAGCUACAUCUAGAAGACAACCAAACAAAAUGCCUAAGAGAAAAGGAAAAGGUCCCACACAGCUCAACCCUGCUAAACGAUGGCUCCUGACGUGGAACAUGAAUGAUGAGAACCAGGGAGCUUCAACUAGCUGCAGUGCCGUCCCACCUGGUGCUGAAGUAGAUGAUGUGGAGUUGACCGUAGAAUCAGAUCUAUCUCCGUUCAGUCCAACAUCCUCGUCACACACCGACGGGGGACUGGUGGAAUCCACAGUUAAGGAAACUGUUUGCCUGGCACCUCCCAAUCAUAUCACAAAGGCUGAAUACAAUACCCUGUGGGAACGAGCUAGCUAUAGCAUCACUCUUAACGAACAGACCCCGAAGGAGUCCUCCAUGUGCCAACUCGGGCAAAUCACCCUGAUCCUCAAGGCACACAGCCCGUCCAAGAUUCGCAACCCCUUUCCAGAGACCCUUUCGGAAAGCCCACUCCGAGAUCAGACUUUACCAAAACAAUUCCCAAGAGGGCGCUGUUCCCUGUUUAUCUGCGCGCCGAGACCACACUACCUGGUGUUUGAUUACACGAUGGGCAAUGCAGAGAAUGCGCCAACGGGGUACUCUCCAUCUGUGUACAUGUGCCUUGUAGCUGAGAUUGUUAAUGAGCCAAAAGAUGUAUGCUUGGACUCCCUGCAGUACAUUUGCCAUCAACAGACAUUAAAAACUAAGCUGAAACUCAUUCACCACGAUUACAAUUCCAAGACGGGUCAUCUGUCGCUGUCUGUCUGCAUUCCCCAUCAAGGAAUAUCCACACCAGCGUUUGCCGCAGAAUUCGUCACUAGAGCAGAUGUCUAUUCCCAUCAUAUACAGAGGAUCAUGCACUGGUUCCAUGGCUACCCACUCCCAGCACCACUGCUCCACGAUGUUACUUCCAAACGGCACGAUUUCAACAAACUCUUUGACGCAAUACGCCUUCGGCAUGCUAUAAAUGGAGACGACUCCAUUACCCUGGACGUCCAAUUGCAGAGUCCGUACCUCGUGCCGACCCUCCGAGAGUACCAGCGUCAGGCAGUGGCCUGGAUGCUGCAGAAGGAGGGCUACGGGAUUAAGAGACGGGAGGAAGAGGAGGAGGAGGAGAGUGUAGAAGGGAAGCUGCAUUGCCUCUGGUCAAAGGUCAGACUGGGUGAGGAGACAUUGUAUUACAAUGUACACAGUGGACAAUUCACCAGGCAGCGUUUCACUCAGAAGCCAUCAUUUCCUGGUGGAAUCCUAGCGGAUGAGAUGGGUUUGGGCAAGACAGUAGAGGUCAUUGCCUGCAUCCUUGCCCAUCCUAGGUACCCUGGUAGCGUCUUGGAUUCCAACAACGACACUGCCGAGAAUCCUUCAUCUGAUAUUGAUACUGUCAGGAGUACAAGUUCUGAGUUCUCCCAUCAAGAAGAUGACAAUAAAGAGUCUUCUUUAAUACCAGGAUCAGGAGUCAAUAAUUCAAAACAGAUGUUGGAAGUAUCUGCUGGAGGAGCAUCGUUGGAAGUCUCUCCUGGGGAAGCGUUGGAAGUACCUCCUAGGGAAGCAUUGUUUGAAGUACCUCCUGGGAAAGAAUCUUUGGAAGUACCUCCUGGAGAAGCAUUGAUGGAAGUUCCUUCUGGGAAAGCCUUGUUGAAAGUACUUCCUGGGCGAGAAUCGAUUGAAGCAAAGAUCUCUGAAGUGGACUCGGACCCACUUAUUGGAAGUAUUGACACUAUCAUCGACAUAGACCAACUCAGCUGUACCACUGGCAUUGUAGAUUCUAACAGCGAAACUGGUAAGAUUCAUUCUUCUAAAUCUGAGUUAAAUACUGUUGCAAGUACAAGCCGCUCAAACUGUCAUCAAGGAGUCUCUAAGGCAAACCUCCCUCAGUUUCCUGAAUCAGGAAUUAAAACUGAUCAAGUAUUGGAAAACCCAACUCCAGAGGCAUCAUCGCAAGGCAAGUCUUUAGAAGUAGACCACAUACACAUACAGUAUCACAAUAACAUUACCAUGGACACAGAGCCAUCUAACUCAGUAAUCAAUGGUUCAAAAACUAUUUUCGCGGCUCAGACUUCCACAAGCUGUGAUCUAGAACCACCAGGAAAAGAAUUUCAUCAAACUGUUCCGGAGAAUACUUCCAAAGUUAAAGCAGAGGCAAUGUAUGUUGAAAACUCCCACCCAAUUACCUCAUGUGAGCUUCUCAUCCCGUGCAAACCUACAAAGCUAGAUUCAGUUGACUCUGGACUUGGCAUUGGUCUAAAGAGUCAAGGGUCUAGACACCCUCCUCAGGAAAGCAAGGAACUGAUCAAAGCUGAAUUAACAGGGCAAGAAACCGUUUCUUUUAUAUCCAACGAGCGGAAGGAUAAAAUGUGCAAUGAUACAGACGGGGCUUUAACUACUUCUGCAAACCAAUAUCAAACGGGUAAUGUAUUAAAUAAAUGUACAGAUUCAACAGAUCUGAGGGAGGUAUCAAGAUCUGGACGAGAAUCUCCUCUCCAGACCUCAAAACAAUGUCCAAGUACAUCAGAAACUGCCAAAAAGGGGAAAGGACUAGAGAAGGAUUGUGAACUCAAAGUCAAAAAGACAAAGAAGCGGAGCAAAAAGCUCCCCGUCAGUAUAUCCAGGCGGAAGAGCAAGGAAGACCCUAACUUUAAGUUCCAUUGUAUCUGCGGUGUGUAUGAAGAAGAGCUUGACCGAGAGCUGUUCUAUGAGUGCAGGCAGUGCAAUGGAUGGCAGCAUAGGAAGUGCGUCGAUUACAGAGGAGUACCAGAGAGUGAAUGCAGUCUGUGCCCAAUGUGCUGUGUGGAUCAGCCUGCAGUGUCAUCUGGAGCCACCCUGAUAGUCUCCCCCAAACCAAUCUGCCACCAAUGGAUUGAUGAGAUCAAUAGACAUGUUUGUGCACGGACACUUAAAGUACUCGUCUAUGAUGGUGUGAAAAAGCAAGGUUUUCUGCACCCUCGUUCUCUUGCCCAACAUGACAUUGUCAUCACAACCUAUGACACGCUGAGAUCAGAACUCAACUAUGUAGGUCUACUUCAAACAAACAGUCAGAAAGGACGGCGAUUACGCUACGCCAAGCGCUACAUGGCAGUCCCUAGUCCCCUCCCAGCAGUGGAAUGGUGGAGAGUCUGCUUGGAUGAGGCUCAAAUGGUAGAGUGCCCCACAGCUAAGACAGCUGAGAUGGCUCUGCAGCUAACUGCUGUGAACCGGUGGUGUGUCACUGGUACUCCUGUGCAGAGAGACUUGUCCAAUUUGUAUGGAUUAAUCCUCUUCCUUGGCAUGGAGCCAUAUUGGGUCAAAUGCUGGUGGGACAACAUCCUCUACAAGCCCUAUCUCCGUGGCAACCAGGAACCAAUGGAAGAGGCUCUGGCAAAAGUGCUUUGGCGCAGUGCCAAGAAAGACGUUAUCAAUCAGAUUAAUAUUCCAGCCCAAACAGAGGAAACCCAUUGGCUGAAUUUCUCACCAAUCGAGACACACUUCUACAAACGCAAACACGAAGACUGCUCCAAUAAUUUCCUCCAGGUGACCGGGCGUCUGACGUUUGACGUCCAAACCAAACUCAGCACUCUCGAUAGAGCUACAGUUCAAAAGUUGAUGAACCCCUUGCUGAGGCUCCGCCAAGCCUGCUGCCAUCCCCAGGCCGUCCGCGGUGAGUUUGUCAGCAUGCAACGUAACAGGCUGACCAUGGCUGAGCUUCUCCAAUCACUGACUCUCAAAGCCAAGGUGGAGUCUGAAGAAGCGCACAGGCAGCUGGUGUGCGCCCUCAACGGCCUGGCUGCAGUUUGCGUCAUCAAAGGGGAGACACUUGAUGCAAUACAGCAUUAUCGCGAUGUUCUGCUGUCUGCUGAGGAGCACAAAGACAGAUUGAAGACGGAUUCUCUACAGAGGCUGCACGCCAUGCAUAAUCUACAUCAACUGCUCAAACUCAAGCCAGAAGGUUUAAUCCCUACGCUGAGAGACGGGGAACUAGACAAGCAGGUGCAGGAGAUUCGAGAUGCUUACCUGGCUAAGGCAGAGGCAGCUGUGCAGUCCAGCUUGACCAGUCUACGCCCACUCCAAGAGAAGAUAACUGACCUCAAAGACCAGCCUUCUUCUGCUGGCCCUUGGUGGGUGGAAGGUCUGCAAUACAUACAGUAUUUGGGAUUUGAUGAAGAGUUCAUUGACAAGGUUAAGAACGCCUUGCAGUCUACAACAAGGAACGAUACCCUGAGCGUUGUCAACCAUUUUUCUACCAUCCGAGGCCUACAGAUGGUUUUAGUCACCAAGAUGGAUGAUUUGACCGCUGCGUACCAACGUCUUCAAUCUGGCAUGAUGAGACUCAAUGUUGAGGUCAAUCAGGAACUGGUAUCCGAGGCAACAGACUGCCAUCUGAGACCUUUCGGAGGGAAACCAAAGAACAGGUGUCCAUUCUGUAGAGUGCAUACGUUGUUCACAGAGUAUGAAACAUGUUUGUUUUCCAUCAAGCAAAGGGACAACAUGGCGGAUCCGGAUCCAGAGGAUGAUGAUAGCAAUGUGACAGGACCUAAACUCCUAGGUUCCUGGGCUGCUAGCGAGACAGAGAGAAUCCUUCGAUCUCUCCUGGCGUUCCUGAAGCAUCACGGCGCUGAUGAAGAUGUCUUGCAGGAAGGCAACGAUUAUGUGGAGAUGGUGGACACACAGAAGAAAGAGUUUAAGAGUCUGCGUGUCACCUGGACCAUGCUGUCUGAGCGAGUUGCAGCUUGGGAUGAGUUAAAGAUGGCCACCAUGCGUCUACGCCUGAGAGAAGCUCAUGAGCCAGACGAUGUCACCUCUCAGCCAAACGUCAUCGAACCAAAUCAAUUGGAUCAGCAGCGAUAUAAGCUUCUUAACGACAGGGUCCUGGCACAGAGUGAGUUGAAGAAGAAGCUUGGUCAGUUGGUCUACCUGAGAAGCCUCUCUAGUGCGCAGAGUGACCUACCAGGUGGCAUCAAUCCAGAACCUUGCCCGAUCUGUGUGCGGGAACUCGGAAAACAGUGGUCUGUUCUGCCAUGCGGCCACUCUUUCUGCAAUAACUGCAUGGAGAUGAUGCGCGUUCAUAACAGUUCAAGACGUAAGACCAUCCGUUGUGCAAUCUGUCGGUCGGUCUCAUCCACCUUUGAAAUAUCAUUUGUCAGCACUGACCUGACCAAUGAGGAGGAGGACUGUUCCAUUAAUGUGAGGGGAGGCUAUUCAACUAAAGUAGAAGCCGUGGUUCGAAUCCUUCUUCAGCUCAGGAACCAGGACCCACACGUCAAGGCCCUAAUUUUUUCAACCUGGAUUGACGUUUUGACUGUCAUCGCCAAGUCGUUGAAGGACAAUGAUAUAGAGUACCGUAGCAUUGGACUGUUUGGAGACCGCCAUUUCAAGGAAAACUUGAUGGAUUUCAAGCAAGAGGAGUGUGUGACGGCACUCCUGAUGCCCGUACACAGCGGAAGCAAGGGUCUGAAUAUCAUGGAAGCUACUCAUGUACUACUCGUUGAGCCUAUUCUCAAUCCAGCCAGUGAGUUACAAGCUGUGGGGAGAGUUCAUCGUAUCGGCCAAACGAGGCCAACUGUAGUUCAUCGCUUUCUAGUAAGAGACACUAUAGAGGAACGGUUACAUGCGUUUCUACAAGCUAAGCACACAAGUGCCAGCCUAGACAACCUGGAAGGAGAGACUGGUGCACUUACUCUGGAUACUCUCAAGCAACUCUUUACAUAUUGAAGGUGUAAAACCAGACAAUGUUGGACAUUGGAGCCUCAGAAAUACAACCAAGAGGGCGAUGUGUCUAAUCUUUACCUGUGUAACACAGUCAC